AUGUUCUCGCUCUACUCCUGGCUCUUCCCGACCCCGCCCACGCCGCUCGAGAUCGACGCGUACCCGCACAUCGUUGAUGGCAUCGUCGAAGCGGCGGACCUCUCCUCCCUUCUGGCCCUCCGCCAGACCUGCCGAGGAAUGAAGGCCCUCGUCGACGCGCGUUUCGCGCACAUCGUUGCCGGACCUGAUGGAUCUCUCCGCGCCGUUCCGCGCCGCCCCUCCCCAUCGGCAGAGGAGCAGUUCGAGGGCGUUGACAUCGCGCCCAUGGUCGACGCGUGGUGCCGCUCCGUCGCGGGUGGAAGAAGUUGGUUCCGCCCCCGCACAGUCAAGCCGUUCAUCUUCUGCACGGCGCGCCAAAUCGACCGCUACCACUGCCCUGGGCAGGCUAUGCCCGGCGCAUCCCCUCCUACUCCGUGCUCUGGUGAAGGCGAGGAUGGGUGUCCUUGCUCAUGUGCGCCUGUCCGUGGUCUCGUCCACUUUGACCGCCUCGAAGCCAUACGCGAGUGGCGGUGUCCCGAGGAGGAGGCCGAGGGGGUGCGUACACCCAUCGGAACCCGGUGGAACCUCGACAAACACCUCUCGAGUCUGUACGCGCUGCGUCCGAGCGUCACGGCUGCGUAA